UGAAGUGGCGGACCCGAGACAUUGCUCCGCAAAUCUCAUAUUUCCACUUUCACACGCUGUUAUUUCAUCCAGCGAUUUUCGACCAUCUUUAUCUAAAACUGACAUUAUGAUGUUUUAUCAAAGGUGUGCAAUGGAUUAGUAAAUAGUAGCCUAAUGGAUUUGCCGUGUUCCAUCAUCUUCGCUGUGUUGUAUCUUUGCCAGUCUCUUUCAACUACCUUCGCUGACAGCAAAUAUGGUUGCCUGUUUGAGGAUGAGCUCUGUACACCUUACGAGUUCUGCGCUAACGACGGAGUGUUUGGAAGGUGCCUGGAGUUACCCGGUGAGGACCUGUACACCUAUGAUGCGUCAGCCUCUGCUCUACAGCGCCUCAGGACUCUCCUCCAGAAACUGGCCCACAGAGGGUUGACAUGGCAGGAUGCCACCACCCAGCAGGUGAUCUCCAGAGAGCUGUCCAAGCUACGCAAGGUUCCCAUCCGAAGGCCAGAUCCCCCCUCUGCCUCCCUGACACGCUAUGGUGGAGACAGGAAGCUGAAGACGGGGGAGGCGGAGCUUAGCAGGAGUGUCCAGAAGUACCUGCAAGAACUGGGUCUCCUUCCCCAGUCUGUUGGCACUGCUCUCCAGGAGCCCCAGCGAGAGGGGCCCCUCACUCAGAAUGAAGACUUCCAGCCAAAGAAGGGGAAGUCUACGUUCUACAAUCUGCAGUCUGCAGGUCCACCUCAAGGGGGUAAGGUCUUCACCCAGGGUGCUGUAGGGAGCUGGAGAUCCCCAGUGGAGACAGCCUACUCCAGCCAGGAGCCAGGGAGUGCCAGGGGGAGUGCCACGGGGCUGGCUGCCCAGCUGGAGCGCUACCUGGCUGGAGCAGCACAUACCCAGAGCCGCCCAGUACCAGGGGAAGUGGUGGGACCCAAGGGGAAGCUCCACUAUGUCAGUUAUGUACGCCCUGUACGCCCUGGUGGUCAGGUAGAACCCCAGACACGACUUGGUGGCAGUGGCUCCAAACCGCCAAGGCCCAACAUAGACAGGCUUCUCUUCAAGGCUGCGUCCAACCAUCAGGUGCCCAAGGAGCAGCUCAGUACGGUGGACGAGCGGUUCAUCCUGAACGUGGUCAACCAGCUGGGAAGGCAGAGAGUGAACAUGGACAGUCUGAUGGGUAAAGACCUGGACCAGCUGGCAGACAUCAUCUCUGGUGCCCUGCAGGUGGUGGAUGAGGAGGGGCCUGUGACGAGAGCCAAGCCCAGGCUCGUGGGACACAUACGGGACAGACAGAUGAAGAGAGAGCCCCUGCAUUCCAUAGACCAGGAUGAGGAGGACCAAGAGGACAUGUUAGAGCAAGAUGCUAUGCUUCAAGGGCAACAGAUGGUGGAUGCAGACUCUGAGCCAGAUGACAAGGACCCAUUCUUCGUUAGUAAGCUGUUGGAGUACCUCAACAUGGACCCCUUCAGUGAUGCUUCAGAUGCCCAGCUGGAGGUUGGUGAUGCUGGUGGUGCUGCAGGCAACCCCUCCAUUGAGGGCCAGAGAACAGUGGGUCUUGAGAACGUAAGGAGCAGGACCACACAGGGCCAGGUGCCUGUACCACACCCCUGGGAGGAGAGGAGCAUGACUAUGGGAGGAGAGGAUGGAGCUCCAGACCAGCCAGAUGAUGGAACCUCAGACCAACCGGUGGAUGUCCAGGGUUCUGACUCCCUGGUAGACUCUGAGGUGGAGAGGUGGAUCCACGGUACCGAAGCUCCUUCUCCUCCAGCGGCUGAGACGGACCUCCUGGCAGAAGAACCACAUAAGAAGAAUCUCCUAGCAGAACCACAGAAGGAGGACAUGCGACUCCAGGAGGAGGUGGUACACAUGGGAGUCAAAGCUUACUCAAAGUCACCGCAAGUGAAAGACCACCACAGCGACUUUGGCUACAUCAUUACAGACACAGACUCCCUCACCUCUGACCAGGGCUUGGACAUGAUGGAACGUCUGGGUCGGCGGGUCAACCUCCACGUGACCGACCUUCUCCACCUCUCAGUGCUGGGUCCAGCUAUAACCUUCAGGGUGGGCACCAACCCUCACAAUGUCAGCACUGCAGAUCUGGCUCACGUUGCAGUUCAGCAGAAGAAGCAGCUGGAGAAGGAGACUGGUGUGAAGAUCCUGGAGGCUGGAGUCAGUGAUAAGGGCAGCUUGAGACAGAUCCUGGUGGUCAAGGAGAGUCGUCUGGAGUCUGGUCAGUUCCUGGUCUUGACCAUCAUCUCCAUGGUCCUGAUCAUGGGGGCGCUGGCAGCGUCCGGCUGGCUCUUCUGCCUGCGCCACCGUUCCCACCUCCAACUGAAGGAGAAACUAGCCAGCCUGGGGACUGACACCAGCGCUGAUGCAACCGCAACCUAUCAGGAGCUGUGUCGCCAGCGGAUGGCUGUGCGGACGUCGGAGCGUGCAGAGCGCCCGGAGCCUCUACGCCGCCACUCACGGCUGAAUAGCGCGUCGUCUCAGUUCAGCGAUGGGGGACCCAUGGCCAGCCCCUCUGCCCGUAGCUCCACCUCAUCCUGGUGCGAGGAGCCUGUCCCUGCCAACAUGGACAUCUCCACCGGACACAUGAUACUGUCGUACAUGGAGGACCACUUGAAGAACAAGAACCGUCUGGAGAGGGAGUGGGAGGCGAUGUGUGGCUACCUGGCUGAGCCCGGCGCCUGUAAAGUGGGCCAGGACAAACACAACACCAAGAGGAACCGCGCCGAUGCCGUGGUCGUCUAUGAUCAUUCCAGAAUAACCUUGAAGGCCGAGAAUAACCAUGGCAACUCCGAUUAUAUCAAUGCUAGCCCAAUUAUGGACCAUGACCCGAGGAACCCCAUGUACAUCUCUUCACAAGGCCCUCUACCCUCCACCGUGGCUGACUUCUGGCAGAUGGUGUGGGAGAGUGGAUGUGUGGUCAUCGUCAUGCUAACGCCCCUGUCUGAAAAUGGAGUCAAACAGUGUCAACAGUACUGGCCGGACGAGGGCUUCAAUGUCUACCAUGUAUAUGAGGUGAACCUGGUAUCAGAACACAUCUGGUGUGAGGACUUCCUGGUCAGGAGUUUCUACCUGAAGAACCUGCAGACCAACGAGACGCGCACCGUCACGCAGUUCCACUUCCUUUCCUGGGUGGACCGCAGCAUCCCUGACUCAGCCAGGAUCAUGCUGGACUUCCGCAGAAAGGUUAACAAGUGCUACCGGGGUCGGUCUUGUCCAAUAAUUGUCCACUGCAGUGACGGGGCUGGCAGAAGCGGAACAUACAUUCUGAUUGACAUGGUCCUCAAUAGGAUGGCUAAAGGUGCUAAAGAGAUUGAUAUUGCUGCUACCCUGGAGCACUUGAGAGACCAAAGACCCGGCAUGGUCCAGACAAAGGAGCAGUUUGAGUUUGCGCUGACAGCCGUGGCGGAGGAGGUGAAUGCCAUCCUGAAAGCACUUCCACAGUGAAACUCGACACCGCACCGUGCCAUGUCUCGCUGUCUAAACACAUGUUCCUUUGCCCACUCAAGACUGACAUCUCGUCAAUGUCCCAAAUGGAAACCUAUUCCCUACGUAGCGGACUACUUUUUACCAGGGCCUAUAAUAGGGUGCCAUUUGGGACACAUACCUCUCUUCUCCUGCUUUCUCUCUCCUCUGAUUCUCUCUCAUCUCUCUCUAUUCGUAUACUUAUGAAUGUUGUGCCAGAUACUUGACCGACCUGGUCUUCUUAACUGUGAUGUAUUCUGUUUGCAGUUGUUAUCGAACAUAUGUUCUAGUGCCACUAACAGAUAGCUAGACAAGAUAACGUGUGUUCGCUCUCUCUCUUUGUGAUCUGAAUAAUGUAUUAAACUUAGCAUCAGAUACUUGGUUAUUGAUGUAAUGAAUAUGAUAUUGUAUUCAAGGCCCAAAAAUCUGUGUCCUGUAUAUAGAGAAGAUGCUUCAGUUGAAUGAUGUCAAAGCGAUCUUUACUAUUUAAGUUCUGAAUCAUAUACUAUGGCCCUGUUCAAAUACUUUCUAAAUGCAUCCUUCCUUCCUUGAGGUAACAGCUCUGUAAGUGAUUGGAUAGGUGUAAGUAAGGUUACCGUCCUAUUACUUUCACCAAUCCAACCAAUUCAUAUAUGUGAUUAUUUUACUGAAUGUUGGAAGGAAGGAUACAUUUCUGAAGUAUUUGAACAGGGCCAGUAUGUGAGGUUUAGUUGUUCUCUUGUGCAGGGUUUGUUGCAGCAGACUGCAUUAGUUUGUUUGACAUUGUUAUGUAUAUGAAUGUAAUACCGGGAAUAUUUAAGCAUCACCAAAAUGUAGUGAUUACAAAUAGAGUGAGAAAUGUAGCUAUUAACCAUAUGAUAUGAUUAAGCUGAAUUAUAUUGACAUUGUUCGUAUAUUUGUUUUGUCCUUUUAAUUGACAGAAUAUUGUGACAUGUGUACAGGUGAAGUCCAUAGCAGGGGUGUCAAAUAUACAGCGAGGGGCUCCAAUCUGGCCCGCGGGUGGUUUGGGGGGGGGUGGAAAUAUUUGUUUACUUUAAAAUUACUAAAACCAAAUCGAAACUGUGUAGAAAUGAUAAUGGAUCUACAUUCAUACAGUUUCUUGACUGUGUCCAGCUCGCUAAUAAUCACCGAAAUGAAAAUUAGACAGUCAGGAAGCAUAGAAAAUUCCAAAACAAUGGAUAGAGGACUAGUUUUAAAAAAAUGACAGCAAGGAAAUAUAACCAAUUUUCAGUGUGGCCCUCUGGACCUCGUUGAAGACCGAAUGCAGCCCCCAGGUAAAAAUGACACCCCUGAUGUAUAGAAUAUAAAUGAUUGGAUCCCUGUAGUGCUAUUAAAAUGUUUACUGAACUCUUCAAUGAAAACCAUAUAUUUUGUGUGGAAAUAAAAAUGAUAUCAGAUUGAUAAUAAACCAUAGAACGGUUGA